CGGGUUCGGGCCGUUCCGGCGGCGCUCGGGCCUGUCCAAGGCUGCGCCGGGCCGGAGGCAGCAGCGGGCUGGAGGCGAGCGGCGGCGGAUGGGGCCGGCGGAGAGGCACUGGGAAGGGGAACGUAGCGUGCCACGCUGUUCCAGGCUGGGAGCCUACUGUGCUUUUCCUCCCCAGACUCCAAGAGACUGGUUUUUUUGGUGAAACAGACCCUGAUCUCGGGUUUCUUUGCUGCAUGCCCGCUCACCAGUGCUGGAUUAUGUUCGUCUCCUUCUCCCUUUGCUCCAUAAUUUGGCUGAAUCGUGGUUUCAAGCUGAGGAAAAGGGGCUGCACCUAAGCGCUCCUGGGCACCCACACCAGGCUCCUGGGGUGCUGCUUCACACAGAGACAGUUCAGAGUGCUGAUGGGGCAGAGCUGCCUCUGAGGGCUCUCCUCUCCCACCUGGAACGUGCUGCCUCCCCCUUCUGAGCCCUUCUCCCCCGGCAGAGAGGAUGGGCAGCACCGACGGCUUCCAGUACCGCGCGCUCUACCCCUACCGCAAGGAGCGCGAGGAGGACAUUGACCUGCUGCCCGGGGACAUCCUGGUCGUGAGCAAGGGGGCCCUGCAAGCCUUGGGCUUCAAGGAUGGAGAUGAGCAGACCCCCAAUCAGAUCGGGUGGAUCCUGGGCGUCAAUGAGCGCACCAAGCAGAAGGGGGACUUCCCUGGCACCUACGUGGAGUACGUGGGGCCGGUGAAAAUCGCUGUCCCCUCACACCGGCCCCGUGUGCAGAGACCCCUGCCUGCCACACCCGGGGCCACUGGUGGCCGUCUGCCCGAGGCUCUGGAGCAAGGGUCUCCUCUCCCGGACUUGCAGGAGCAGUUCAGCCCUCCCGAGAUUGCUCCGCCGCUCCUGGUGAAGCUGGUGGAAGCUAUUGAGAAGAAAGGGUUGGACAGCGAGAUGUUGUACAGGACAUCUGGCUCCGAACUGAGGCAGGCGCUGAGAACCGAUUGGACCCUGGGUGACCUGGAGCCCCUGGACGUGCACUCCCUGGGCGAGGCACUGCGAGGUUACCUGCAGGACCUGCCCUCCCCCGUGGUGCCAGUGUCAGUGCACGGAGAUAUCCUUCGCAUCCUGCAGGAGAUCCCCCAGGCAGAGAAUUGCCGGAAGCAGCUGCUGCUGGCCCUGGAGUCGCCUGCGGUGCCGCUCCAGAACACGCUCACCCUGCAGUUCCUGCUCCGGCAUCUGGGGAAGGUAUCGCAGCAGGCCGAGAGCAACAGCCUCCACCCUCGGGCCCUGGGAGAGAUCUUCGGGCCCCUGCUCCUCCGGCUGCCUGGCGCCAGCCCGGAGCUGAGCCCUGACUUCUCCGUGCUGUUUCUGGAGACACUUCUGCAGACAAAGGAGCUGGAGCCAGAGCAGUUGCCUCCAGCCCUGCCUCCCAAACCGCCGAAGCCGAAGCCCAGCGCAGCCAGCCUGGCCAACGGGAACAACGCGCCCUUGCAGGACGCCGAGUGGUACUGGGGGGACAUCUCCAGGGAGGAGGUGAAUGAGAAGCUCCGGGACACACCAGACGGGACCUUCUUGGUGCGUGAUGCCUCCAGCAAGAUCCAGGGGGAGUACACACUCACACUCAGGAAGGGAGGCAAUAACAAGCUGAUCAAGAUCUUCCAUCGGGAAGGCAAGUACGGCUUCUCGGAGCCGCUGACCUUUGGCUCGGUGGUGGAGCUCAUCACCCACUACAGGCACGAGUCACUCGCCCAGUACAAUGCCAAGCUGGACACCAGGCUGCUCUACCCCAUCUCCAAGUACCAGCAGGACCAGGUGGUGAAGGAGGACAGCGUGGAAGCUGUGGGGGAGCAGCUGAAGGUUUAUCACCAGCAGUACCAGGACAAGAGCUGGGAGUACGACCUGCUGUAUGAGGAGUACACACGUACAUCCCAGGAGCUGCAGAUGAAGAGGACGGCAAUUGAGGCCUUCAAUGAGACGAUCAAGAUCUUUGAGGAGCAGUGUCAGACACAGGAGAAGUGCAGCAAGGAGUACAUCGAGCGCUUCCGGAGGGAGGGCAACGAGAAGGAGGUGCAACGGAUCCUCAUGAACUCGGAGAAGCUCAAGUCCCGCAUCACAGAGAUCCACGACAGCAAGAUGAAGCUGGAGCAGGACCUGAAGAAACAAGCCUCGGAGAACCGGGAGAUCGACAAGCGCAUGAACAGCCUCAAGCCAGACCUGAUGCAGCUGCGCAAGCUGCGGGACCAGUACCUGGUGUGGCUGACGCAGAAGGGUGCCCGGCAGAAGAAGAUCAACGAGUGGCUGGGCAUCAAGAACGAGACAGAGGACCAGUACUCCAUGAUGGAUGAUGAGGAGGAGCUGCCCCACCACGAGGAGAGGACGUGGUACGUGGGGAAGAUCAACCGUGUGCAGGCGGAGGAGAUGCUGUGUGGGAAACGGGACGGCACCUUCCUGAUCCGUGAGAGCAGCCAGAAGGGGUGCUAUGCCUGCUCUGUGGUGGUGGAUGGUGACACCAAGCACUGCGUGAUCUACAAGACGGCGACGGGCUAUGGGUUUGCUGAACCCUACAACCUCUACGCCUCCCUCAAGGACCUGGUCUUGCACUACAAGCACACGUCCCUGGUGCAGCACAAUGACUCCCUGAAUGUCACGCUGGCUCACCCGGUCCUUUCCCAGCCACCAGCCAGAUGAGCAGCCCAUGCACAACACAACAGCUGCCUUCAGCUUCUCCCCAGGGCGCUGCUUUCUGGCUCUGGACUCUUGCACCCUGUAUAGUUGAGUCUCUGUGCUCCUGCUCCUUCAGAGCCUCUGAGAUGUCUGUGACCGUUUCUGAUGUCCCUCUUGGUCAGUAGCUGAAACCCGUGUUGGCUGAUGGGACAGAAAGGCUGGGCUGUAGAUUUGCAGUGGCCUCCAGCCUCUAGGAGGUGGGAUCCAGUUGUGAUUGAAUUGCUGGGGGUGAGCACAGCCCCCUCCCCUUCCCUGACAAGCAGGUCAGAUCCCCUUCUUGCUGGCAGGUCACCCCGCUGCGCAUCACUGUAGAGCUUUGGUUCUUGAUUCCUCGGUGCUGGGACCGAGGGGUUCCCUGCCUGGACACCCGAGGAGGCAGAGGAGGAGGAGGCUCCACUGAGUGUGUGCAUCCUUCACUCUCACUUCUCUGAGUGGCCUCGCAGGCUGUGAUGGUGUCUGGUACGAGGGGUGCUGAUCUUGCAUGCAGAGACACAUUUAGGAAGGAGAAGCCUCAUCCUCAGUGGGGCUCCCUGGCUGAGAUCUUCGCUCCGUGCUGUGCCCCACCUGGCCACCAUUCCCUCUUGUCAUAACCACCUCUGGAGUGUUGCUGCCUGGGCUGGGAGGAUCUGCUUAGCCACGAAUCUCCCACCUUAGCUGUGCCAACGAAGCUGUGAAACCCGUGUUGGUACCCGUGUUUUCCUGGCAGGAUCUGUGGCAUGCACAGCUCGUUGUUUCCGGCCGGUCUCGGUGACUCUGCGCACGUAACCCAUUGAAGCUGACUGUAGCUCUGUAAAUAUGGUUCUUUUUGUGACCA